UUGACCAGUACAGUGACUGUAUAGCUGGCAUAGUAUUUGGAGACAUAUUUCUUUAUUUUUUAUCUUCUUUUGUUUUGUAUUUAUUUUGCAGAUUUGUUAAGAGAUGUGGUUUAUUUAUUUACUUAGCUGGUUAUCUCUGGUGAUACAAAUAUCUUUCGUUACCCUCGCAAUUGCUGCUGGCCUGUAUUAUUUGGCAGAAUUGAUAGAGGAGUACACAGUUGCCACCAGCCGAAUAGUAAAGUACAUGAUUCUGUUUUCCACUGGAGUUUUGGCAGGCCUUUACCUGUUUGAGGGCUUCCCUAUGCUGAUGAUUGGAGUGGGCCUGUUCACAAACCUGGUUUACUUUGGCUUAUUACAGACUUUCCCCUACAUCAUGCUCACCUCCCCCAAUUUCAUCUUAUCAUGUGUGCUUGUGGUAAUAAACCAUUACAUGGCUUUCCAGUACUUUGCAGAGGAGUAUUAUCCAUUCUCUGAGGUCCUAGCAUACUUCACAAUCUGCCUGUGGAUGAUUCCCUUCUCUUUCUUCGUGUCCUUGUCGGCUGGAGAGAACGUGCUUCCAUCCACCGUGCAGCAAGGAGAUGACGUGGUGUCAAAUUACUUCACCAAGGGGAAGCGAGGCAAGCGUUCAGGGAUCCUGCUGAUCUUCUCCUUCCUGAAGGAGGCGGUGUUGCCAAGCCGACAGAAGAUGUACUGAAGCGUACGGAGGAGGGGGUUUAGGGGGUUGGAAGGGAAAGAUGGGUGAGGUGAGGUUUUAGGUUGUCCAUGGGAACCAAGCCCCCCUUGCAGGAAGCGGGAUGGGGGGGGGGGGAGGAUCACGAUGAUCAAGGACAGUGACGAAGCUCUAAUGGCGGCAGAUUGGGACAACCAUUCUUAGACAGACAGAAGCCCUGCCACGGAUACACAACUCAUGAACUGAAUCUGUUUGUUUUGUCGCUCUGUCUGUCUGUCUGUCUGUCUGUGUGUCAGUCAGUACUCGUGUCUGCAGCCAUCAUCUAGAGACUUGAGUAGUCUCCUAAACAACGUGUUUUUUUUUUUCUCUCUGAAACUGCUCGACCUGUGGACAUACGAUGCUGUGUCUGUAGUGUGAUGAUCAAGGUGUGUGGGUUUUUUUUGGGGGGCUUGAAUAGGAAAUGGGGGACAGAACAACUGCCACCUUGAAAAGGCUGCUUUAUCCUGUGUCAUUUGAAUACGCCACCUUACACAGCCAAUGUUUGCAUAUGUCUACAUAUGAAUGAGCGUGUCUGGGGGCGGGGGGGG